UUGAGCUUCCACCCAAAACUAUCAAGAAGGAAGCUAGAUGUUAAGUCGACGCUGAGAAUGCGUUCUACUGGUGGUCUCAAGAAUGAAGAAGCGAGCGGUGCGGCAUGGGAAGCUACCAGAGGAGCCCUCGCGGGGGGUGCGAAGUGGGGCUUAGUUGCUGCAGGACUGGGCGGAAUUGGUUAUGCUAUGUCUCCUAUUUAUAGAGGCCUGACCAUCCAGUUCAAAGUCUUCCUCCAAAUGUCAGGCAUGAUUAUGGGCUCGUGUCUUGAAGCAGAUCACAGGAUACGGGAAUAUGAAGCAAAAGUCAGGAUGCAGAAACGGAUUAUGAGAGAUCGAGCAGCAUGGGAGAAGUACGAGCAGGAAUUUGGUCCAGAUGAACCUCCUGAAGAGAAGCCCCAAUAA